AGUUCAGAUUUUCCAAGAAAAUUGAUAUUUUGUAAAAGAUGCAAAAUUAAUUAAAAACUAAUUUGAUGAAGAAGAUAACAGCGUGUAAAAACUAUGAUGGGAUUUCUAGAAAAAUUACGAAAAAAAAAUGAAAAAGAUGAAGAAACUUUGAAAUCUACUCUCAACGUUAGAAGUGGUCCAUUGGGAUACACAAAACUUCAUGAUGCAGUUUUCUCUAAAAAGCCUGAUAAACUUAGGCAAUUACUUGAAUAUGGGGCAGAUGUAAAUUUAAUGUCAGAUGGUGGUUAUACACCACUGCAUAUAGCAGCAUCUAUAGAUGCUUGCAGCUGCAUUGAAGUGCUACUUGAAUAUAAUGCUUGCACAACAAUAUAUGAUGAAAAUAAAAGAACACCAUAUGAUACAGCAGUUUAUUAUGAUUCUGUUAACUCAGCUAGACUCCUACUAAGUCAUGAUGUUUUAACAAGUCUAAAGCAAAAACGUCAUGCUGAUUUUGUUAAGUAUCUGGAAACAGCUCGUUCCAAGAGUGUAACUCCUGAUUGUUUUGAUAAAUGUCUUAAGUUAGCAGUUGAAAACAACAACUUUACUGUAAUAGGUGUAAUAAUGCUUCGAAAACCUCGUAAUGCAAAAGAAUGUUUAAUUGAUACAAUAAUAAAGACAGAUAGAUAUAAAUUUGAUGCGCUAAAAAUGCCAGAUUGUUCUAAAAGCACCCUUUUAUUGCUAUUAUGUUAUGCUGUUGAAAAACACUUUAAUGAUGUAAUCAAAGUAAUUUGUGAGAACAAAGAUUUUGAGACAGACAAAUCUCAAUUGUUAAAGUGCGAUGUUCAAAUUUCUGCUGAAACAUUGCGUCAUUUAAAAUUGUUUAUAAUGAACAUUAAAGAGUACUUUGCUUUCCCAAUUUCCAUUGGAUGUAAUCCUAUGGUGAAAAAUUACGAAGGUGUCAAAUAUAUGUUGUUAAACAUAUUUUCUGAUAAUAAAAAUCUUAAAGCUGAUUGGAGAGGAUUGAAGUUAGGUAGUCUUCAUGAAGAUUGGUUAAGAAAUUUAACAAGCUUCAAAGAUAUUGUUCUUUCUUAUAAUGAAAUUAAAACUAUACCAUCAACUGAUAUUUUGAAUUACUUUGGAGCAGUAGAAAAGUUAAAUCUUAGUUCAAAUAAAUUACAAGAGGUUCCUGAAGAAUUGUUUAGGCUUCCAAAACUUCGUAGUAUAAAUCUUUCACAAAAUAAAUUAAGACAUCUCCCUAAUGUUAAAGAAUGGGCUCCAUCUCUUACAACAAUAACUCUUAAUAGUAAUUUAUUAGAAAGUUUUCCAUCCAAUGUUGAAGGACUCUUAGUAAAAUAUUUAUAUUUAGCAUAUAACAGAUUGAAUUGUGUUCCUGAAAGUAUAUGUAACCUGAAAUGUUUAGAAACUCUUGAUAUUAGUCAAAAUGUUGACAUUCAUUCAUUACCAGUAAGCAUGGGAAAGUUAUCAAAACUUACUCAACUAGAUUUGGAUGGCUUAACGAUUACAGAUCCUCCCUCUGAAAACAAAACAUCAAGAGAAAUUUUGAAUCUUUUGAUAGAAAAAUUAAGAAACUCAAAACCUUAUUAUAAGAUGAAGCUAAUGAUUAUUGGCUUUCCGCAGCAAGGAAAGACAACUCUACUCAAAAGGCUUAAAGGCGACAAUAACUUUAAUCUGGAUAAAUCAACCCAAGGUAUUGAUAUUGAAGAGGUCAUCAUAUCUUUUCAGAAAAAAGAACCUUUUGUGUUUCGAGUAUGGGAUUUCGCAGGACAAGAAGAAUACUUUGCAACCCACCAGUGUUUUCUAUCUUCUUCAUGUUUAUAUUUAUUAGUGUGGGAUGUAACUAAAAAAGAUGAAUGCAUCCAACUUCUUCAACCAUGGUUUGAGAAUUUAGUAGCUCAAGUAAAAGUUUUUUAUAUUAUUGUUGUUGGUACAAAGUUAGACCUUCUUAAUAGUAACCACCUAGAUAAAGCUUGCAAUCUUAUGAAAACUGAGAUUAAAGCACUCAUAGAAACUAUUCCUGCUGUUAAAACUCUAAUGAAUAGAGAUAAAGAUUUUUCUAGUAGACUAAAUAUUUGUUUUGUUUCAUCAGAUAUAAAAUUUCAUAAUUAUAAUAGAGGUAUUCAAACACUGAAAAAGGAGAUCUAUAUUUUGGCGGAAACUAUGACAUCUAAUGGAAAGCAAAAUGGAGAUAAAAUAAUGGGUAAAUUGGUUCCGCAAAGUUAUUUAAAAUUGGAAGAAGAGAUUAUUGAAAUUAAGAAAAAAGAAAAGCAUAAGAUUCCAAUAAUCAGUCGAGAAGAACUCAUUUUGAUUGGGAAACAUUUAAAAUCUGAUUUUGAUAAGUUUCAAGAAGAAGAUCUUGAACCAGCAACUAAGUUUCUAAUGAACGCAGGUACUGUUCUUUGUUUUGAUGGUGCGAAUGAAGAUUUAGGAGAUAUCUUUUUUAUUAAUCCAUCUUGGGUUUUCAAAUUGAUGUCAAAGUUUAUUACUGUUGAUGCUAUUCAUACAUUUGUUAAAAAUGGUAUCUUAGAACAAGACAAAAUUAUGAUUAAUAAUCUUCCACCUGAAUACCUAAAAAAAAACUUUGAUUGUUUGAUGGGAUACAUAACAAACUCAAAACCUUGUUAUAAAAUGAAACUAAUAAUAAUUGGGUUUUCACAGCAAGGAAAGACAACUCUGCUUAAAAGGCUGAAAAAUUGCACUAGUUAUGUGAAUCAAUCAACGCAUGGUAUUAAUAUUGAAGAGGUCAUUAUAUCUUUCCAGAAAAAGGAACCUUUUAUUUUUCAAGUAUGGGAUUUUGCAGAACAACAAGAAUACUUUACAACCCACCAGUGUUUUCUAUCUUCUUCAUCUUUAUAUCUAUUAGUUUGGGAUGUAACUAAAAAAGAUGAAUGCAUUCAACUACUUCAACCAUGGUUUGAAAAUUUAGUAGCUAGAGUAAAUUUUUUUUAUAUUAUUGUUGUUGGUACAAAAUUAGAUCUCCUCAAGAAUGUUGACAUAGAUAAUGUUUGUAAUCAAAUGAAAACUGAGAUUGAAGAACUCAUAGAAACUAUUCCUGCUGUAAAAAAUUUAAAAAACAAUGAUAAAAAUUUUUCUUCUAGAAUAAAAGUUUGUUUUGUUUCUUUAGAAACAAAGUUUCAUAAUUAUUCUAAAGACAUUGAGAAACUUAAAACAGAAAUCUAUCUUUUGGCAGAAACUAUGACAUAUGAUGGGAAACAAAAUGGGGGGAAAAUAAUGGGUAAAUUGUUUCCACAAAUUUAUACAAAGUUGGAAGAAAAGAUCAAUGAAAUUAAAAAACAGAAAGAAAAUAAUAAUGAGGUUCCAAUAAUUAGUCGAGAAGAAUUCAUUUCUCUUGCGAAGUCAUUAAAAUGUGAUAAUGAUGAUAUCUUUCAAGAUGAUGAUUUAGAACCAGCAACUAAGUUUCUGAUGAACACAGGUACUAUUCUUUAUUGUGAUGGUGCAAAUAAAGGUUUUCAAGAUAUCAUUUUUAUUAAUCCAUCUUGGGUUUGCAAGUUAAUGUCGGCAUUUAUCGCGAAAGAUGCUGUUCAUACAUUUGUUAAAAACGGUAUUUUAGAAAAAGACAAAUUUACAUUGAUUCUAAAAGAAGAAUUGGGAAUUCAAAAUCCUGAUUUAAUAAAGAUAUGUAUAAGUUUAUUAUCACGACUCCAAGUUGCUUGUAAGAUAGAUGAUCAUAGAGUUCUUAUUCCACUGAAACUUCCAAAUUACGAUCCAAAACAUGCAUUGUCAAUCAAUUUGAAUAGACUACUCACUCGUUACUAUUUGUUUAGCUGUAUACCUAAUGGUUUUUGGGCUCAAUUUAUUACUCGUUUUUUAUCAAUGACUAAAGAAAUGUUAUCACCAAAACCAAAUUUUGAAACAAAGCCCAAAGUUUCUCUAAUUGGGAGCAAUAUACCAAAAGAUAAGCUAGAUGCUGUAAUGCCUUGUUGUGAAGAUGAGAAACCUCCUAAAAUAAAUGAAACAAACUCCUCAAACAUUCAAUAUGUUAUAACCUCUCCCAAAACAAACUCUACUUUGAAUCAAAUUCAUUUAUCUCAAAGUCGAUCUAGAAAUAUAAAGCCAUCAAUAAAAGACUCCUUUGUCUUUAAUGAUGUUGAUAAUUUAGUACAUUGUCUUCCGAUAAAGUGUUUUCUAAAUAAUACUGAAACAUCAAAUGAUUCUAAAAAUAGUAAUUCAAAUAGUUCGUCAAGCAGUACUGUUUCAGGUGAGAGUUUUUUUAACUCUGAUGAAAAUUAUAUUUGUAGGAAAGAGAAAAAAAAUGAUGAAGAUGAUGAAAUUGAAUCUCAGCUUAUCAAUGAACUGUCCAACAAUGAUGAAGAAUAUCAAGAACAUUUUAACGAUUAUGGAGAGCUAAAUUAUUUGUUGGACAAUGGGUAUUUAAGUUUCUGGAAUCAAGGAAUCAUAUUUAAUCAUCCACAAUUGAGUUUUUCUGUACAACAGCUACCUAUUUCAUAUAAAGCAGAUAGUAAAACAAUUGAAAUAUCUGUAACUAAAUCCUCAUUAGGUUAUCGAGUUCUCAGCUAUGUGGUUGAUCAUAUUAGAACACUUUUAAAAGAAUGCUUUGGAGGUUUGUUGAUGUCAGAUUCUCAAGUUAUUUCUUCUCUGGCAUGCCCCAUAUGUACAACUUUGGGCUUAAAUCCACCUUAUUUGUUUAACAUAAGUAAUGCCUUUAAAAAAUUUUUAGAAAGCUCAGAUGACAACACAUGCAAUAUGAUAUGUAAAGGAAAGCACAAACCAAGAGUAGUUAAUAUAGCAGAAUGUUUUCCUGAUCUAACUUUUCAAGAUUUACCGAAAACAAUGAAAUGUAAUUACAAUGAUAUUUAUAGUGAAAAAAAUGAAGAAUGCAAGCUGGGAGAAGGAGAAAUUGGAAAAGUAUAUAGUGGUUUAUUUAAGAACAAAAUUAGAGCUGCAAUAAAGUUUUAUAAAUUUAAUAUGGACAGUUUAUUGAAUCAGUUUUACGAAGUUCGACAAGAAAUUUUAAUGCUCAGUAAAUUACGUCAUCAUCUUUAUAUAAUUCAAUUUUUAGGUUUCUCAAUCAAACCAAAAUUAUGUGCUGUGAUAGAGUAUGCUAGACACGGUACUUUAUCAUCUGUCAUUCAUAAGAGAUCUAAAUUUAUCCCUAGAAUUGUUAAGUUUCGAAUUUGCCAGCAAAUUGCAAGUGCUUUAGCUUUUAUGCAUAAAAAAUGUAUAAUUCAUUGCAAUAUAAAGUCAGAUAAUGUUUUAUUAUUUUCGCUUAAACAUAAUGCAAAAAUCAAUAUCAAGUUAACUUAUUUCUGUACAGCAAACAUUAUGAGUCCAAGUGGUUUAAAAACUUUUUUCGGUACUAAAGGUUACACUGCUCCAGAAAUGAUUAUGUAUCAAUCAUAUUUAGAUGAAUAUACUUCUAGUGUUGACAUAUACUCAUUUGGUAUGGUUUUUUAUGAGUUAAUUGCACAUCAAAGGCCAUUUUAUGAUUUUACAGACGCAUAUGAAAUAAAUAACAAUGUCUUAAUGGGAUUUCGACCAAAAUUUUUUGACAUUUCUGAUGCAUUUUAUGGAUUGGUUCAUUUAACAAAGUUGAUGAUAUUCAUGUGGCAUCAAGAGCCUUCCAAAAGACCUCCUGCUAAAGAUAUUUUGAAUUUGUUACUAUCUCCAACAUUUCAAUUAGUUUUUGGACUGAAAAUGUUGUCUUCUACUCAUAACCCUUGUGAUUUGUGUUAUAUAAUCAGUUGUAACACACUUUGGAUCACAUGUAAUAACAAGGAAGAACCAUUUAUUAUUGUGAUCAAUAUGGAAAGUUUUAAAGUGGUCCAAAAAGUUAAAAUCGAGGUUGCACCGUUUAGUUUAAAGAACUUCUAUAUAUCAUCCAUUACUCCUAUCGGUGAUAAGCAUGUAUGUGUUGUGUUACGAACUUUCAAUGAUGUCAUUUUAGUUUAUAAAGCUAAGAACUACAGUGUUUUUCAAAGAUACAAAAUAGACGGUUAUAUUUGUUCAAUCUCUGCGAACAUGGAUUGGGUUUGUUUUGGUUUUGACGAUGGCCGUUGCUCUAAGGUUACUUUAAAAAGUUUUUUAAACGGAAAUAUGUUAAAUGAAGUUCAUGACUUUAAAUUAAAAGAAAUGUUCUCGGUAACUAGCUCGGUUUUAUUGUCCGAAACAUUUAUUUGGUCGGCCGGUUGUUCAUUCAUACUUUGCAAUUUGGAGAAAAAUAAAGAAGAAAGAAAGUUUAUUUAUGAUAUUGAUAGAAAUGUUAAAGAAAUUGUUUUCUCGUUUGAUGAAAAAUUAUUUUUUAUUUCUUAUCAAGAUAGUACUGAAAUUCAUAUCUAUAGUACAGAAACUAUAGAAGUCUUGUAUAAAUUUAACUGUCACAACGAUAUUUUAAAGUGUUCGCCAGAAGUUCUUAAUGUUGAUCUCAUAGUGACGUGCAUGUGUUCAGUCGACAAUAUGUUGUGGGUUGGUACCGGAAGCGGGCAUAUACUUAUUUAUGAGGUGCGUGACAUUGGUGGGAUUUAUAAAACUAAACUACUGCAAACACUUCACCCAUACGCGAUUGAAAUGCAAAAACUUUUGCUUGUUAUCUUGACUCAAACACGUCAAGAUGGCGUAAAAUAUGUUAUCGUAAGUAUUGGAAAAGAAUUAAACAAAAACGCAUUCGGAUUUGGUUCUGUUUUUGAAUUUGAUGGUUAUGUUCCGAAAGAUCAAACGGCAAUAGAUGAAAAACUUUGCGAACACUUAGAUAACGAUAGUAACGACGGUAAGGUGAUUAUUGUUUGGCAUGUUUUGCAGUCGCACCAAUAUAAAAAUUUAAUCUUGUAAUAUAAUAAAAUAAAUUCCGAUUUAUUUA